AUGCUUCUCUCAACCCUUCUCUUGCCUCUGCUUCUCCAGGCCGUCGCUGCCGCCCCGACGCAGGAUGCAACGACAGCCCUCGAUGCCUCCUCCUCCGACAGCGACCACGUGAGGACGGAGCAAUUUACAACAUCCGAUGGAGAGACGUACGAGAUUUUGAUCAACGGAGCCUUGGUGGAUGACACUGCCCCCGGCACCACUCCGGCAAUGCACGAGAGACAGACCACCGUCAUGGAGCCCCUUUGGUUCCCGGACGGCCGCGCCAAGGACGAGUGUGGGUCCAGCAGCUUCAUCAAAGACACGGGUCCUAAUGCGCCGACCACUGGGCGCUGCAGGGUGUUGAUGGAGUGGGCCAAGGCCAACAACGGGUUCUUCAAAACCUACAACCACCAUCACGCCAACGGCCGGGCAACUUGGCUCCUCAAGACCCACCCAUCCGGCAAGAAUGCGUGUGCGUUCUGGAUCAAGCACGACGCUACUAUCGGCUACAUCGGCAACACAGACGUUGCCGAUCUCAUCCGCGAUUCUCUCAAAAGGUUCGAGAUGAACUUCAGCGGUGCGUGGAGAGUGCGAGCCCGCGGGGAGACUACAUGCAACGGAUAUGCGCCUGGUCGCCACAAGGCCUCUUUCACGUGGUGGGUCGACAACGAGUAG